CCUUCACCCUGCUUGAAAAUUGUACAUUUGACCUUUGACAUUAGGUAUGGCAUCUAAACGAGAACACGAAAAUGGGACACCAGAAAAUGACCCUGAUAAACGCCGAAAGCAAGUGCGAGUAUGGAUGGAUGGCUGUUUCGAUAUGGUUCACUUUGGUCAUGCCAAUGCAUUGAGGCAAGGCAAGAGAAUGGGAGAUUACCUAAUUGUAGGGGUACACUCAGACGAGGAAAUUACAAAACACAAGGGUCCACCAGUAUUCAAUGAACGAGAGAGAUAUAAGAUGGUCCGUGCUAUUAAAUGGGUCGAUGAGAUUGUAGAAGAUGCCCCAUAUAUAACAGCAGUGGAGACAUUGGAGGAAAACAACUGUGACUUUUGUGCCCAUGGAGAUGAUGUAACUCUCUCCGCAGAUGGAAAAGAUACGUAUCAUAUUGUAAAAGAUGCGGGAAAAUUCCAAAUGUUCCCAAGGACACAAGGUGUUUCAACCACAGAUUUAGUAGGUAGGAUGCUACUAGUCACCAAAACCCACUUUCAGUAUGAUGACCAAGAAGUUGCUAAAGAUGUGGGAACUAUAGGACUAGCGAGUCCAAAGAGUCCAUACACGGGUGUGUCACAAUUUCUUCCGACUUCCAAAAAAAUUGUACAGUUUUCGGAAAACAGACCCGAUGCAAAGCCUGGUGACAAAAUUGUAUAUGUAGCUGGGGCGUUUGAUCUCUUCCAUGUCGGACAUUUAGAUUUUAUUGAGGAAUCUGCUAAACAUGGAGAUUACCUCAUAGUAGGGAUCCACACAGACCCGGUAGUCAACAGAUACAAAGGUGCAAAUUACCCAAUCAUGAAUCUACAUGAAAGAGUACUAUCUGUAUUGUCUAAUAGGUAUGUAUCGGAGGUUGUGAUUGGUGCCCCCUAUAGUGUAACCCCUGAACUAAUGGACCAUUUUAAGGUAGACCUAGUUAUCCAUGGUCAAACCCCAAUAACCCCAGAUGAGGAUGGCUCAGAUCCUUAUGAGGAGCCAAAGAGGCGUGGCAAGUUCAAGAUGAUUGACAGCACCAAUACCUUGACAACACAGAUGAUUGUACAGAGGAUUAUAAGUAACAGAUUGAACUACGAGGCAAGGAACAGAAAAAAAGAAGCAAAGGAGGUGAAAUACAUUGAGACCCAGAAUACAACAUAAAUACCCAGAAUGCAACAUAAAUACCCAGAAUGCAACAUAAUUACCCUGAAAAUGACAACUGGAAUUGCAAUAUGAAUGUCUUGCAAUAGUAAAGGACUUCUAAACUUGCUUCUUGAACCAUAAUAUAUCAAACAAUGGACAAGAAUUAUAGCAUAUCAUAUCAUUUCAAAUGUUUAGAGAAAAAAUAUUUAAUGCUAUCACUUGUCAUUAAUCAUUAAUCAUAUUAAUUAUUCAUAUUUAGUUCCG